AUGGCCCGGCAACAAAUCUUUCUACUCGGUCCCCAAGUGACCAAUUGGACACGAGAGGCCUUGGCGGAACUACAACAAAACCUCCUGAAAGAUCCCACCCUCGACUUCAUCACUCAAGCCCUGUUAACCUUGCCCUCCCUCUCGUCUAUACUCGGACAACAGCUCGGGCUAGACUUUCACCCUGGCCGGAUUUUCCAUCUUCUCGCGGACUUUGCCCAAGGCGGGCAGCUUCUCUUAAACACCAAUGAUGAUUGGCGGCACAACACUUUGCUGGCCCCAUUGACAAUCGUGUCUCAAGCCGUAGACCUCGCCGUUCAGUUUGGAGGUCUUCCUAGAAACAAACUACCCUUAACACCGCAUCAGCAAGUUCAGGGCUUCUGCAUUGGCUGGCUGUCGGCAUCAUCUCUUGCUAGUGCGUCAACUUGGGAUGACUUCAAGCGUAAUAUUUCCGCUGCCUUGCGACUUGGGGCCUGUAUUGGCGCAGCAGUGGACGCCGAUUCCAGUCAGUGCCCUUCUGAUCACGCAAGGGCUAUUUGUGUGCGCCUGAGGAACCCGAGUGAUAGGGCCUACAUUUCUUGUUUUCUGGAUGAGGGCGUUCUCACCGUGACGGUGCCAAACAGCAAGCGACUUUGGUUGGAAGGACAGCUGCAGAGAGCUACCCUGCCGUGGACCGAUAUUGGGCUUCGUGGCCAUUACCAUCACCUACGGCAUGAGGAGAGAGCCCAAACCCUCAAAAGAAUCUGUGCCUCUAUUGUGGAACUUCAGCUUCCCGCCGCCGCGGCCUUGCAAACACCGUUGAGAUCAACCGCUGAUGCCAACAUCGUCCCGCCGAACGCGACAUCACUUCACGAUAUUGCCAUCGAUCUCACGCUGUGCAAACGAGCCCACUGGUUACAAACUCUGCGCAACUGUGUCGAGAAAGCCGACAACUUCGUCUUCAUACCCAUUGGUUCCCAUACUGGAGGCCUUGUUCCGCGUUCGAUUACCCAUCCUCGCCCCUCACCCAGCACCUCGAUGCCAGAGGACGAGAUCGCCAUUAUCGGCAUGUCUGCUCGCUUCCCUGGCUCGGACUCCAUAUCAGACUUUUGGAACCUUUUGGUCUCAGGGAAGACUGCGUUUGGACCUCUUCCAGUGUCCCGUUUUGAUCCGACAUAUCCCAGCAUUGCCUCACGUCUGGCCGAAGCCAAAUACCAGGGGAACUUUCUCAGGGAUGAGGUUGUCAAGGGCUUCGACCACCGGUUCUUUGAUAUUGCUGGGCGAGCAGCUAAACACAUCGAUCCCCAGCAAAGGCUUGUCCUUGAGGUUGCAUAUGAGGCUCUAGCUACCGCAGGAUAUCACCAGAUCAAGACCCACCAGCAAAAGGAAGUGGGUGUAUACAUGGGCGUUGGUGAGGUUGAAUAUCAACAUAAUCUUGCCGGACACCAAGCAACUCCUUUCACUGCGGUGGGUUUGUUGAGAAGCUUCAUCAGUGGGAGAGUUAGCCAUUUCUUUGGCUGGAAUGGGCCUGCGGUUACAGUUGAUACUGCUUGUUCCUCAAGCGCUGUGGCUAUACACACAGCUUCGAAGUGCGAACUUGCCUUGGCGGGCGGUGUGAACAUCAUCACCAGCCCCGAGUUGCACCAAGCUCUUGCCGCAGGCUCUUUUCUCAACCCCCAUGGAGCAAGCCAUGCAUUUGAUAGCUCUGCCGCAGGGUACUGUCGAGGAGAAGGGGCAGGUAUAUUGGUGCUGAAGCCCUUGUCCAAAGCUGUUGCGGACGGUGACGCAAUUUUAGGAGUCAUCGGGGCUUCCGCCGUCAACCAAAACUCCAAUUGCAGUCCGAUCACUGUCCCAGAGUCGUCAUCACAGUGCUCACUAUACAAGAAAAUUCUGCAAACGGCAGGAGUGAGCCCGGGAGAAGUUACCUACGUCGAAGCACAUGGAACUGUCGGGGACCCUAAGGAGUAUGAGAGCAUAAGAAUGGCUCUCUGUGGUCCCUUUCGCACCGAGCACCUGUUUGUCGGCUCCGCCAAAGACAGUAUCGGGCACUGCGAGGCUGCAUCAGGCGUGGCCGGCGUCAUAAAGACCCUUCUCAUGAUGCACCACAAGACCAUUCCCCCGCAGGCUGGAUUUGACACUCUCAAUCCUCGCAUUACCACAACCCCAGCAGAUAAGAUAAUCAUCCCCAAAGUUGCCCAGCCCUGGAGCCCAGUCCACCGACGAGUCGCGCUUGUGAACAAUUAUGGCGCUGCAGGUUCUAAUGCUGCUAUUCUUGUCAGGGAAUAUGAGGAACCAGCUUCCCAGUCUGUGCUGUCGGCUCCGACAUCCUACCCAAUACUUCUCGCGGCGAAGUCACCCAAUCAUUUGCAGUCCAUGAUUGCUGCGCUGAAGUCCUGGACACCACUCCCCGCAUCAUUUGGGGACAUCGCCUACAACAUUAACAAGUCCCAGAAUCCCCAGUUCCCUCACCGACUGGCCCUUACAGCCAGGAGUCACGAUGAUAUGGUUGCCUGUCUUGAGACGACGGCAGCGUCCAUGCCCACCACUCAGCUACCAGACCACUGCAAUGAUGUCUGUGUUGCUCUUGCCCUUCCGGCAAUUGUGCCAAACAUUUUCACGUCCUCCGAAUCGGUUCCGGCUUUGCAUGACAUUGUUCGUCAGCACUGUCAAUUGCUGGCUUUGCAAGUUUCUACGGCCCGUUGUUGGCUGGAAUCCGGGCUGGAGACAUCCGACAUCACACUUGUUGGUCACAGUUUUGGCCAAAUAUCCGCCCUGGUUGUUGGACAUUCCUUGACAGUCGAAGAUGGGUUCCGAUUUGUUGCCGGUCGCGCAAGCCUGAUUCGCGAUCACUGGUCGGAACCCGGAUGCAUGCUUUCUCUUGAGUGUCUUGAGCCUCAAGCCGGGGAAAUCAGAGACGCGGUCAACAAGAAUCUACAACAAACCGGCAGUAGGGUUGAAAUUGCAUGCUACAAUGGCCCGACAAGCUUUGUCCUCUCUGGCCACCAAGAGGCUAUCGCCCAGGCAAAAUACGUUUGUCAACAGCAGCAAAUCAAGUGCCUGCAGCUGGCAAGUACUCAUGCCUAUCAUUCACACAUGACUGAGUCAAUUCUCGCGAAGCUCACCGAGAUGGCUCGUCGUCUUGUUGUCAAAUCCCCGAGUCUGAAAAUCGAGACUUGCACCCGCAAGACUUCGGAUUGGCAGUUCACAGCUGAGAGUUUGGUACAGCACACCAGAGAUCCGGUUUUCUUCGCCGAUGCCAUCGCUCGCAUCACUGCAUCAUAUCCCCAGGGAGCCAUCUGGCUCGAGGCAGGCACCUCGUCACCAGUCAUCCCCAUGAUCAAACCGGUCAAGCGCAAUAAUAACAAGACAGGAGGCAAAUUGCCAGACAUUUACUUACCCGCUGGCCUGCGCAACGAUGAUGCGAUGAUCAACAUUGGUGUGAUCACAUCCCAGCUUUGGCAAGCUGGAUGCAGUGUGCGGUAUUGGCCGUUCCUCCAGCAUGGCCCUCAGAAUCGACACGCCUUUGUUCCGGUUCCUCCAUAUCAAUUCGACAGGACACAGCAUUGGAUUGACUACAAACCAAGGGGGUCGGAGGAAACCGGUAAAACAGCGAAACAAGAUGCCGCUUCUGCAGAUCUCAUCACCCUGGUUGAAGCUGGAAACAUGAAGCACGUCUUCCAGGUCAACACCACUGCCGACUUUUACCAGCUCGCAGCAAAUGGACACGCCGUUGCUGGACAUGGCUUGUGUCCCGCCUCAGUUUACCUGGAGCUCGGCGCUAAAUGCGUUGAAAUAGCUGCCGACAUGCCUCUAGGCGACCUGAUGAUGCCUCAUUUCGAGGCUUUGGCGAUGUCAUCCCCGCUUGGGAUUGCGACGAGCCACACGAAGACAACCGUAUCUCUGCAUCAGAAUGACACCAAGUCAUGGUCGUUCAACAUCUCCAGCCUGAAUGCUGAAGGCACUUCGACAGAGCAUGCACGAGGCCGCAUAGCAUUGCCAUCUGGGGGCGCAGAUGCUCAGCUCUCAUCUAUGAGUAAAUUGUUCCGACGAUCUCGCGUCGAUCGUCUAAAUAGCCUGGAGACGUCCAGCAAGGUGGCAGGUCCGAUGGUCUACCAGUUGUUUUCGAGUGUGGUCGACUAUGCCCCCUACUAUCAGGGCGUCAAAUCCUUGACGGCCCAUGGCGACGAGGCUGUUGGGUUAGUCGGUAUUCCUACUAAUUCGGAAUCUCCAGAUGGUUGCAGGUUGCCAAAGGGUAUUUGUGACCCCGUCGCCCUGGACAACUUUCUUCAGGUGGCGGGUAUUCACGUUAACUGUCUUCGUCCCAGGGACGCUGGGCAAGUCUUCAUGUGCACUGCCACCGAGGAAAUAAUCAUCUCACCAGCUUACAGACAGUCAUCGAUCAGCUGGAAGGUAUAUACCCGUUAUGAUACGGAGCCGGAUUCUCGCUCGAUAAUAAACGACAUUCUGGUCUACGAUGGAACCUCCAAUGAACUGGUUGUCGCCAUCAUGGGGGCUACUUUCAGGGCAGUUUCCCUCAAGUCGUUGGAACGCACCCUAGGGCGACUGAAUGGCGCUUCACGUUCCUUCCCCUUGACUACACAACCCCAUCAAUCAUCGCCAACCGAGCCGACCCCGCCUAUGGAAGCCACCUUUACACCCAUCACCAAGACAAAUCCCGACCAGACUCCUCAAGUAAUAAAAGACUCCAAGGCCCAGUCAUCAGUGGAUCAUGACAUCAGGAGGGUGCUCAGCAACAUCAUUGAGAUGCCGGUCGACGAAAUUAAAUCCACGAGUACUCUUUCUGAACUUGGGGUCGAUUCUUUGCUGGCUGGUGACGUAUUGGCUGAGAUCUCUAAUAUGUUUGGAGUCAAAGUCUCACAGCCUGAGCUGUUGGCAUGUUCCGACGUCGCAGCUCUCGUCGGCCUCGUGGGGAAACAGUCGACGGAACCAACAUUUUCCCAAUCAGCACCCAAAGUGUUCAGAAAUGACAGUUUUGAGACAACGGGAUCGGAUCCUUUGACUAGUUCAGAUCUGUUCGACUCGGAGAUUGACUCGAAUGAUUCAUCUUACCCUACUGAUUUCACUGACGAAGAUAUCGCCACGAGCUCCGAGUCUGGCCACUGCAAGAAUAGUGGUUUAGAGGAUCUCGGGGGCGUCGCUGGUGUCUCGUUUUGUGAGGCUGCAGCCAAUUACACACGACAUGCUUCCGCCACUCGCUUCUCGAACUUUUGCAUGGACGUCUACCCAGUUCAGUCCCGACUCGUCACACAAUACGUCCUGUCCGCCUUUGGUAAUCUGGGCUGUGAUUUGAGCCUCAUCAAGCCAGGAUCAGAGGUUCCAUUCAUCGGUUCCUUCAAUCCUAAACACAGCAUGCUCGUCAGGCAGCUGUAUGAAAUCUUGCAAGACUCGAAGCUGAUCUCUGUUGAUGACCUGGGUAAAUUUUGGCGCACAAACACACCUCUCGAGACGACUUCCGCCGUUGACCUCCAAGCCACCAUACUCUCUCGGUUUCCACAGCACACCUCCGAAGCCAAGCUUUUAGAUGCUACAGCCUCCCGGCUUUCGGCGUGCUUGACGGGGGCGGCCGAUCCAAUCGACAUCUUGUUCGGUACAUCUUCCGCCCGGGGGUUACUUGAAGACGUCUACCUCAACGCCCCCAUGUUCCGAACGGGUACCUUGGUUCUGGUUGACUAUCUGUCUUCCCUUGUACGAAUGAGCACUCGACAAACUAUCCGUAUUCUGGAGAUCGGGGCGGGAACAGGCGGCACAACACGACCUCUGUUACAUGCCCUGAGCCAGAUUGAGAGACCCGACAUGACAGUCCAAUACACCUUCACCGACCUGUCCCCAUCCCUUGUUGCGGCAGCAAAGAGAAGGUUUGCAUCUCUGGUGGCCUCUAGUUCUCGGGGAAAUGGGGUGGAAAUCGAGAUGCAGUUCACCACGCUGGACAUUGAAUCCCCAGACACAAAGCGGGACAAGCACUACGAUAUUGUCCUGUCGACAAACUGCAUACAUGCCACUGAAAACCUCAGCAUCUCGGCCAGUCAUAUUCGAGCGCUGUUGGAUCCAGUUGAAGGGGGCUUGCUAUGCUUGGUAGAGCUGACGAGGAAUCUUUACUGGUUCGAUCUCGUUUUUGGGCUAUUGGAGGGAUGGUGGAGAUUCAACGAUGGACGGACCCAUGCCCUGGCCGAUGAGCUGACCUGGGAAAGGAGUCUAAAGCAGGCUGGCUUUGGGUCUGUGGAAUGGAGCGAUAACGGGACACAAGAGGGAAAGAUUUUGAGAGUCAUCACUGCCCAUGCCUUACCCGAGCGAGAGCCCAAUAUCGGAGAGCAAACGAGGAUGGAGACGAUGCGCUUCAAGAGUAUCGGCGGUGUUGACUUGAUGGCAGACAUAUAUUACCCAGUUACACUAUCUGAUAUUUCAGCGGCGCCUCGUCCCAUAGCUUUGAUGAUUCAUGGCGGGGGCCACAUCAUGCUCUCACGAGCCGACAUUCGACCUUGUCAAACUGAACUUCUCCUCUCCAAAGGGUUCCUUCCGGUCAGCAUUGACUACCGCCUUUGUCCCGAAACGACUCUCCAAGAAGGCCCAAUGUGUGAUACCGUCUCCGCCCUCUCAUGGGUGAGGAAUACCCUUCCCUCUCUUCCUCUGGCGAGAACCGAUAUUCGGGUCGAUGGUGAGAAGGUCGUCGCGAUUGGCUGGAGUACCGGUGGCCACUUGGCCAUGAGUCUGUCGUGGAAAUCGGCCGAGUUUGAUGUUAGACCACCAGAGGCCAUUCUCGCCGUUUAUUCUCCUUCGGACUACAAGGACCCCUUCUGGACUCAGCCAAACAUUCCGGAAGGGUCAGAGUCGAUGUUCCCUAUCGCGGCUGACUCCGCCUUUAUGACACUUGACCAACCCAUCACGGCAUACAAUCCACCAUCUUCAGCCAAGGCGGUGGGUGGCUGGAUGUCAGUCGUUGAUCCACGCUCCAGGUUGGCAUUGUACAUGAAUCAUCAUGGCAAAACACUCGAGGUUCUUCUGCGUGGAGUUUCUGCGAUCAAUGGAAAAAGAGAGGUGUCUGAGGAGGAGAUUACGGCGGUGUCUCCAUUGGCCCAGGUGCAACAAAAUCGGUACAGAACACCGACCUUUAUCGUUCACCCUCGGCUAGAUGACUUGAUACCAUGGCAGCAAGCCCAACGGAUGCACCAGGCUCUCAAAGAACGAGGUGUUGAUGCUGAGUUGAGAAUUGUUGACGAGGGAGCAAAGCACUUGUUUGAUGUCGGUAAAGGAUGGGAAAGGAGGCAUCCGCAGGGCUCUAAGGUGGUGCGAGAGGGAUUUGAGUUUCUAGUGAAAUAUGCUGAUGGGGUUUGA